AUGGCAGAUAUUCUGGACAUACUAGAUAUAGAACAGCCUGGUGCUGCAGAAAUUACAAGAGAUAGUAUUUUACAUGGGGAUAAAAUGAAAAAGAAGUAUGUCACAGCAAAAGCUGUUCGAAGACCGGAAGGCAUGCAUCGUGAAGUAUUCGCCUUACUAUACAAUGACAACAAGGACUUACCUCCUUUGUUGCCAACAGACACAGGUAAAGCAUAUAAGCAAACUAAAGCAAAACUUGGAAUGCGGAAAGUGAGAAAGUGGGUCUGGGCUCCAUUUACUAAUCCUGCUCGCAAAGAUAAUGCUGUGUUCUAUCAUUGGAAAAGAAAAACAGAUGAAAGUAAAGAAUAUCCAUUUGCUCAAUUUAAUAAGCAAGUGUCUAUACCAUCAUACUCAGAGUCUGAAUAUAAUCAAUAUUUGAAAUCAGAGGAUUGGAGUCAGGCUGAAACUGAUCACUUAAUGGAUUUAUGUCAACGUUUCGAUCUCCGGUUUAUUGUUAUCCAUGAUAGAUGGGACCGUGCUGCAUUCCGUGACAGAAGUGUAGAAGAUUUGAAGGAGCGUUACUACAAUGUUUGUGGAAUUUUGAGCAAGGUAAAAACGAAUCCGUGGUCCAAUGCAGUGACUACUGUUAAUGGAGAAAAGCGUGUUUAUCAUUAUGAUGCAGAGCAUGAAAGAAAAAGAAAGGAACAAUUACGAAGGUUAUUUGAUCGGACACAAGAGCAG